GACUGGGGUGGUCUCAAAACAGAAAGAUGGUGGGCCUCCCCGCCCAGUCGAGGGACUUGCUCCAGUACCAGCAGGCGGGGUACAACCAGCCAUACUACAUGGGAGGGGCCGCCACUGGCACCGCCGCAAGGUACCCAGCCACAACGGGCUACGCUAAUACGGCGGCGAGGUACCCAGCCAACACGGGCUACGCUAAUACGGCGGCGAGGUACCCUGCUACACAGGCGAG